CACGCCGACGUCGGAGGCGAAGGUGACCGGCUCUGAGAGGAAGAAGAAGGGCAGAGGCGCCGCCAUGUUGUCCCUGUCUGCUCGCUCGGGGCCUUUCGCGCCUUACUUGGCGGCCGCUGCCCACGCCGUGCCGGGCCCACUCAAGCCCCUGGCGCCGGCCUUGGCUCCGGCGGGCGCGAAGCUGCCGCCUUUGGACCCGAAGCGGCCUCUGCUCUGCCGGGAGUCGCUCCAAGGACAGGCCGCCCGGGGAGGCCUCCUCGCCUCUGCCAGCAUCAACGCUCCUGCUACUGUCCGUUUCCUCCACAAUGAUGUCACUGUCCCUGACUUCUCUGACUACCGUCGACAUGAGGUGUUAGAUAGCAAAACUUCAUCCCAGGAGAGCAGCGAAACCAGAAAAGCAUUCUCCUACUUUCUCACGGCAACAACUUGCGUGGCCUCAGCAUAUGUUGCUAAGAAUGUUGUCACUCAGUUCGUCUCUAGCAUGAGUGCGUCUGCGGAUGUGUUGGCGAUGUCAAAGAUUGAGAUCAAGCUGUCCGAUAUCCCAGAAGGCAAGAACAUGGCAUUCAAGUGGCGAGGGAAACCCCUCUUUGUGCGUCACCGAACCCAAAAGGAGAUUGAGCAAGAAGCCCAAGUAGCUUUGACUGAAUUAAGAGACCCUCAGCAUGACUUAGACAGAGUGCAGAAACCUGAAUGGGUUAUACUGAUUGGGGUAUGCACCCACCUUGGUUGUGUGCCCAUCGCAAAUGCUGGUGAUUUUGGUGGCUAUUAUUGCCCUUGCCAUGGGUCGCAUUACGAUGCAUCUGGGAGGAUCCGUAAAGGCCCUGCUCCAUACAAUCUUGAGGUUCCACACUAUGAAUUCCCCACAGAAGAUUUAGUUAUUGUGGGUUAGAUUGCUUGACACUUGGCUCUCUUGAAGCUUUAUGUACACACAGACGAAAGGGGCUGGUGUGAUGUCAUGUAAAAGUGAAGCUAGCUAUAAAAUGUGGCUAAUUGUCUAAAAUCACUAUUCAACAGUAAUGAUUUGUUUGCCUACUUGGUCAGUUUUAAUAAAACAUUAAACUGAUGCCCUAUAA